UACGGGUGUUCUGCAACGUGCGAGAUUAGCGUGGUACGUAUCAAAGAGUUUGUGGUGCACGAAUGGCAGAGAGCGAUAUGAAUUCAAACUUGUUUAUUUCUGUUGCAAUUGUUUGGAUCUGCUUCAUCCACGGAUCAUUUACUCAUGAAACUGGAGACUCCACACACUCUGAAUCUCCAGAAGUUCAAGUUUGUCAACCGUUACAGUCUUACCUCAAACAAACUCAGAUGACAGGUCUUGACAACAUGGCUGGCUUUGGGGGAAAAGGAGAGAAAGGAAGUCCAGGAAAAAUGGGUCCAAGAGGUCUAAGGGGGUUUAAGGGGUCGACAGGAGACAUCGGUAUCCAAGGACGUGAGGGUCUGAGAGGUCUACAGGGUCCAAAAGGUCUACACGGUCUUAAAGGAGUGAAAGGAAAAGUUGGUAUCCAAGGUCCAAUUGGUCUUGAGGGUCGAAGAGGUCUACAGGGUUUCAAAGGAUCGAAAGGAGAAAUCGGUUUUCCAGGAUAUAAAGGAGACAUCGGUUUCCCAGGAUCUAAAGGUUCAUUGGGCAGUAAAGGUGCUAAAGGUAACGUUGGUCCAGUAGGCCCGAAAGGAAGCAAGGGAGACGUCGGUGCGCCCGGAGUUGUCAAACCUGUGUCAUCACUCAACAACUUGCCUUGGUGUGGAGCAUCCACUCGCGGCUCACUUAGUCUCUUGCCUGUAUCUGUAAACUCUGCGCUUACGAGAGACGCCGUCAUGAUAUGUGCUGACUUGGAAAAUGGAAAUUUUCAAUGGAUUGAAUUGAUGACAAAAACAAACGGUCUGAGCAGUUGCCGAGAAUUGAAACAAUCAAUAUAUUCUAGUGUUCUACAAGAUGGACUUUAUAACAUAACAGACAGCAAGAUGCACUUCGUGACGGCUUAUUGUGAUAUGACGACAGACGGUGGCGGAUGGUUAUUGAUUGGCAAGUCAUUUCAACCGAACGUACGAAAUUUAGGUUCGACAAGCGAGCCAGUGACUUUGACAAGCGAGCAAGGAUGGUCAAAUAGAUUUCCAUCCAUCCUCGUCAACGAUUUUCGUGUGCAAUUUUCUACUUCGCGAUCAGUGGGAGAUACGAAAGGACAUUGGUACUACCAUUUCUCUCGUCCUCGAUCUCUUGCUCAACUUUUCACAUCUGGAUAUGAUAAUUCAAAUAACUGCCGUUAUGAAGAUGGAAUCUCAGAUAUUGAAUAUACAGUUGACAUUCGCGGUGGUACAAAAAACAUCAAUCAUAGAUGUUCAGCAUUUCAAGAUUAUUAUUCGGCGAAUUCCUUUAAUGAGAUCAACAAUUGUUUCAAUUCAGCUAAUUGUUCUAUUUCUGGCAGCGACGGCUCAUUUAGUUUCCAUGGACAGAAUGCAAUAUCUGGACAAGACACACAUUCGACUGCUUUCUUUGGAUGUGAUGAUGACAACUGUUGUGCAUGCUGGGGUCCAACUGGAGGACAAGAAAGUUACUGCAAUAACUGUGGAACAACAAACGUUAGCAGCAAGCAAAGCUCUGGAUAUGCAUGGUUCUAUGUACGCUAAUAGAACAAUUCUUGUGUCAAGACAGCAGACAAUAGCAUACGUAUACGUUACACGACAAGUUAUUCUAACUUCACUGAUACUGCGUACGUAUUCGUCUAAUAUCCUAGCUGGAAACUGUUUCAAAGUUGAGCAACU